AUGGAGUACUUCAAUCAAAUUAAGAACCGUCGGCGAUCCUCGCAAAUCAUGACACCCUCAAAUCCUGUUCUAAAUGCCGAAGAGGAAGCUUACCUGCGGCAACUUACUGCUGAGCCCGAUAAUGCGCCAGAGCCACCUGGGCAAAAGGAAUUACUCACCGAAGCUACUGAGCCCACUGUGGAGGCAUCUCAAGCAUCUCUUCUGAAUGAGACCUCACAGGAGGCUCAGAGCGUCCCACUUCCUACCUCGUCGCUAGAGGAGCUUGGCAGAGAGCUCGGAGAGGAGGAGAGGAAGGCACAUGAGAAAUCCGAGAACAUUGAAAAGACCCAAUUGGAAAAUGCAAAACCCGAUUCAGCGGCAGCCCCCGAAAAGAAGAAGAAACGAUGGAGCGCCAUGUUUUGGAAGAAGAACACAGACCCGGAAAAAACUUCGAGCACCGGGAAUGACUCGCAACCGCAAAACCCUGCUCCUAUUCCUACCGCAACAACCACGACCGACAAUGACGACCAAGCAAAAAAGGAUCAGGAGGACAUGACAGACAUUCUAGAGCGGUUGAAUCUGGCAGCGGACAACAAUCGCGUCUUCUCCGUCAGCGAAGAAACACAGGAAUUGCUGAGGAAGUUCAAGUUGAUCUUCAAAGAUCUGAUCAACGGCGUUCCUACGGCCUACCACGACCUGGAGAUGCUCCUGACAAACGGGAACCGGCAAUUGCAAGAUACCUACACCAAGUUGCCCGGAUUCCUGCAGAAGCUUAUUGAGAAGCUGCCCGAGAAGUGGACUGAGACUUUGGCCCCAGAAAUGCUUGCUGUGGCUGGCGAACGCGCAGCCCAGAGUGGUAUCAACAUGGAGAACGUGGGCAAAGCAGCAGCUGCCGCUAACAAGGUCGGGCUGAACAUUCCCAGCCUUAAGGAGCUAGUUUCGAAGCCAGCCGCCAUUGUCGGGAUGCUACGAUCGAUCAUGGCAUUCUUGCGCGCACGUUUCCCGGCUGUGUUGGGCAUGAACGUGCUCUGGUCAUUGGCCCUGUUCAUCCUUCUUUUCGUACUGUGGUACUGCCAUAAGCGGGGCCGCGAGGUCCGGCUGGAAAAUGAGCGCCUCGUGACCGAGGACGAAAUCAACAAGCUCAACGAAGACACCGAAGAAGGCAAGAUCCGGACAACGGAGACUUUGACCACGACAGCACCCAAAGGCGCUUCGGCCGACGAGGUCCGCGAAGGCGUCAAGAAAGUUGAAGCAGCCCGCGCUUCGGCCGUUCAGACUCCCCUUGCAGCUUCGGAGCCCCUGAGUCCCAGUGAUGAGAAUGCUCGUCCUGGUCCAGCGCCGCUCCCGACCCGAUCCAAGUCCCGCCUGUCCAUUUUUGGUCGGUUGAAACCUGAGCCUACGCCUUCAACUAUCGCCCCUUACCCGGGCACCUAA